AUGGAUAUCCCGAAUCCCUCUACCAAAGAUGACAGGAGCACGGAACAACUCCGAUCCCUGAAAUUACCGUCUUUGCCGUCCCGGGUACGUGUCCUCCCGCCGGGACCCGUUGGUAGUGAGUUCGAUCCGGGCCGAGACUGUAGCCUGAAUCCGAGUGAACACCAACCGAGUUUCGACGAACUGAAUCUCCUGGCACUCCCUCACUGGCAACCCCCGGCAUCACCGGUCAAACGGACGAGCAAGAAUGUCCUGUGGAAUUGGAAACCGCGUGAGGGUUACAUGUUCCCAGAAACCAAUGAUGAUGCGCUGCAGAUAAUCCCUGAGCUCGCGUCUCCACCAGCCAGACCACCCCGGGGGCUGCCCCGACCGAUUCCCGGAAAAAAUACGGUCGCCUUCCGACCCCAGCGACCACCUCCGAUCGUUGGUGAUCACCUGUUCAGUUCUCUCAAUUUUCCAACGCAAACCGAUGUUGCGUUCAGCUUACCCAUGGAGAGAUCGAACUUGACGCUCUUGCACGAGUCGUCGAUAUACGAGCCGUCGUCCUCGGGAGCAGCGAUGAAAUCUCUUUCCAAGAACCAGGACACCUCCACAGAGCUCAACGAAGUCAGUCUGUCCACCUAUGAAAAACAAGAUACGGAAGCAAACUGUUUAUGCUGCUGUUUCACCACGUUCUGUCUAGUCAUGUCGAUAAUUUUACUCACGGCAUCAGCCGUUCUGGCCAUUAUACAUGGGGCCGAAGUCUACAGAAGAAAAAUCGCAACGCUGGAUCCAGACACGUUCUUCUACACGCUACCUGGAACUAUCACCGAGAGCGCGAGCUCCUCUCGACCAGCCAGUGUGGCGCUAACCUGUGAACCGUACAUAAUUGAGCCCUGUGUUCCUUUCCUGAAGUACAAUCACACAGGUUUCCCGAAUCUCGUCGGUCAUAACAACUCCAGAGACCUCGAUAGGGAUUUGAGCUUGUUCCGUGAAGUGAUGGAUGGGGAAUGCUAUCCGCUCGCUUCGAAUCUCCUCUGUGGUCUCCUGCAACCGCAAUGCAAUCCCACCACGAAACUGAAGAUCCAUUCCCCCUGUCGCAGUUUUUGUGAGUACUUCCUGCACAAGUGCGACUCAUCAAUACCCGAGAAGAUCCGUCCGAGGAUCAAUUGUUAUCGCUUGCGAACCGAAGACUGUAUCGAGAGACCCGCCUGCUCUGAAGAAUUGAGAGCAAUAAAGGAAGACCAAAGAAUUUGCGAUGGAAACAUCGACUGCGAGGAUCGGACCGAUGAAAUUGAUUGCCCCACCGAACCUCCAUCGAUCAACAGCACGACCAGUGAGUAG